AUGGUCUUCAUACAGAACAUGGGGUCCAUGUCCAUCACUGAUGAGCCAUCUGCUACAGAGACCAGGUGGACCUUCAACCAACGCAGCUUCUUUGAGCCCCUGAAGGAAUCUGUGUCUGCACUGAAGAUGCAGCUGGAGAAGAAAUUGCAUUCAAUCUUCGAGAAGGAAAUGGACAACAUACACACAGCAGCAAAUAAGGCUCAGAUCUUGAAAUCGUUUGAUGGCCAGGCUCUUCCUGAACCAGUGACAAGAGAGGACUUCUUACGCUAUUCCCGUCUCUUCACUCUGGAUCCAAACACAGCACACACAAAACUCCAUCUGUCUGAGGAGAACAGGAGGGUGGAGAAGAGAGAUGAGGACCAGUCAUAUCCUGAUCAUCCAAACAGAUUUGAUUUGUAUCCCCAGGUGCUGUGUAGAGAGGGUGUGUCUGCACGCUGCUACUGAGAGGUUGAGUGGAGUGUAGGUGUUGGUAUAGCAGUGUCAUAUAAAAGCAUCAGCAGGAAAGGAUGGGGUGUUGAGUGCGGGUUUGGAUAUAAUGAUCAGUCCUGGAUGCUGGGAAUCCGCAGCUCCAGCUCCUAUUUCAGUCACAAGCAUAAAGAGACUAAACUCCCUCUAGUGGCCAGCUCCAGAAUAGGAGUGUAUGUGGAUCACAGGGCAGGAACUCUGGCCUUCUACAGCAUCUCUGGAGACACAAUGACCCUCCUGCACAGAGUCCACACCACAUUCACACACACACACUCUACCCUGGGUUUGGGUUCUAUGAUCAAUCCAUCAAUCAAUCAAUCUUAUUUAUAUCGCACAUUCUCAUUCAAAACUGCCAAGAAAGACGGAAGAAGAAAAGCUAUUGUAUUA